UAUGGCCGACGCCAGAGGGGCAUCUCUGUAAAAAGAUAAGCGGGUUGUGUUGUAUUAAAAAGUUACGGAGAUAGACAGAUAAGAACAUAUGAAACUGGAAUAGGAAAGGGGUUAUAGCAGUUUGAAAAUGUCUGAUGAAGAAGUUGUAAUGACCCCCACCAAGAAGGGGAACACAACACACAUUAGGAUAGAGAAACGCAAGAAGCUGGAGCUGAAUGAUGAUCAAACAGUCCACGUGGCAGGGGGGCAGCACAAAGGUUUGGUGAUUAAUAAAGAGAUCCCAGAUGACACAGAUCUAGGUCGACCUCAGCUACAGAUUGGAUUUAAUUGCUUCCUUGUCGACCAGAAAACAGAAAAACGAGUGGUGGAAAGUCGAAGACUGAAAUUUUGGUACGUAGAUGAUACAGAUUACUUAGAUCAAGUAACUACUGCAUAUGAAUUCUUUAAGGAGCUUGUCCAGCCAGCUAACUUCCCAAGAGAUUAUGUUGGUUUUAUUAAAAAAUGCAUGAAGCAGAUGCAGAAGCCUGAGUACAAACUGGCGAAAAAGAUUGAUCUUGAAAUCCGACAACUCACAGAACAGGAGGCCCCAUUAACUCCAGGUUCAGGCAUUUCUCCAGAAAUGCUAAUGAUGGGAUCCAAUGUGGACGAUUACUUUGGACUAGCAAAGGAAGAUAAACGACCAAUAGAAGAGAUUGUCAGAGAAAAAAUCCUGCAGGUUUUAGAGUCAGCCUACCCUAAUGUCUUAGAGGUGGAAGAUCUAGUCAGGAUUACAGCUGCAGAUGAGGCAAUGAUUUCUCAACAGCUGGAUGAACUGAAAUCCAAAAAUCUGGUCAGAGAAAUGGAGAAUGGAAAAGUUGUAAGACAUGUUUUGGAGGAUGAUAAAACAGAAUCUGAGGUACAGUUGGUGAAACAGAUGCCUACUAUUGCUGCCAACCAACAGCCCACCAUUGCCAUAAUUACUGCCAACUACUGUGAAAAACUGGCUGUAGAUGCCAUGAUGGACAACAAAACUACAUUUGUCAAGUACAAAACAGAAGGAGAGUCUAAUGUGUACACAGUAGGUUUUAUUGGGGAGCACAAGUGUGUAUCAACCAAACUCCCACGAAUUGGACAGUCCAGAGCAGCUCAAAUCUCAUCUGGCAACACCACCACUAGGUUGCUUGGUACAUUCCAGAAUAUAGAGCAUGUGUUUGUGGUGGGAGUAGCAGGAGGGGUACCACAUUACACAAACUUCUACAAGCAUGUCAGACUGGGAGACAUUGUGUUAUCUCGUUGUAAUGACAAGGGAUACUUCUACUAUCAUGUGGACCAAAUCCUGCAAGACAAAGAGGGCAAUAUUCAGUACAAAAUGAGGACAUGGUCUCCUCGAGAUAUGUCAUUGCAGCGUCUGGCUGAAAAACUUGAGGAAAGGUGUACCCGACAUCCUGAAAAAGCACCAUGGGAACGCUACAUCAAGGAAGGGCAAGAACUGCUGGAGAAACAAGAGGCCGAUUUCAACAGGCCCCCCAAAGAGUCAGAUAGACUCUACAUGUCCAUAGGGGAGGAGAAUGUCAUUGAAGUUCAGCAUCCAGAUCAACCAGAAGAAGCUCAGGGGAGGGAGGAUGCACCCACGGUCAGGUUUGGAGUGUUGGGAUCAGGCAGACCAAUCACAAAAUACGACAACACUAGGCUAGAGUUUGCCGUCAACUAUGGCAUCACCUGCUUUGAUUGCGAAUAUGACCAGGUUAUAGAAUCCAUCGUAGGCAAUAGAAAGGACAGCUUCAUGUUUAUUAGAGGAAUAUCAGAUUAUAAUGAUGGAUCUAAAAAUAAGGAAUGGCAACCCUAUGCCUCGCUGGCUGCUGCUGCAAUGAUGAAAACCAUAAUCAAGAUGAUCUCCAACCCCUACCUCAGUGAAGAUGACGACUAGUGAAAACCAUUUAUUAAAAAAGUAAAGUACCAGUAAAUAGAGAGUAUAAAGAAAAGGAGGACCUGAUAAGUGCUGUUUAUAAAAGAACAGGACAAGAUCUGUUAUGCACCUUUUGCAUUAUAUAUGUAUUUUGGGCGUUGUUAAAUUAGGUUGCUAUAUUCUAAAUUUUUAAGAUUUGUUGAGGAGGCAGCUUUUGAAUGGUUAAGUCAAUCCAGUUAGGAUCAUGUUCUCUGUAAUCAUGAUAAUGUAUGUGUUAUUCUGAUACUGUAUACACGAUAAAAACACAGUGAGGACAAAACACAGUGAGGACAGUUUGUAUGCACCAGGUGCUGAUUUAAGUAAUUAGUGCUAUAUGCAAGUUAAUGAGAAGAAACUGUGGUGCAGUUUAAAAGUCAAAAUUGAACAAAUUUGUUGUAUUAUUAGAGUUUCUUCUGUAGAUUGAUGCAAGAAUUUUUUUUAUGUUGAUCACUGUGCAAUUUCAAAUAAGUAACAUGUACUAAAUGAAACCGUAUUUGAAAUGUCUAUUUGAUUUCAUUACAGGUCUCAAAAAAAAAGAAAGGAAAAAUAGAGUAUGGGUUUUCUUUCUUUCUAAAUUAAUUGUUCUAGUGUCAUUUCAGUCCAAGCAAAUCACCAACAAUUUUUUGUAAUUUUGAUUUUGCACAGUGAUAUUUUCAUAAACAUAAUGUACAUUGUACAUUGAUCAAGAAUAUGCAUAAAUAUUUUUUAAAAAAAUCAUUUAUGGAUAGAAUUUAGCUUACAUUUUCAUUUCUUAUGCACAGGUAGAUAGAAUUAAAAUGAAGGCACUCUUAAAAUGACUAUUUAGUUUUCUCUCAUAAUUUCUAAUAUAAUUUUGUAUGCAACAUAUUUGUAGAGAAAUUUUUAGUAAUAGUAAUAUGAUUUUUUUUAAAAAUAAAAAUUUAUAUGUUAAUUCAUGCUUAAUCUGUGCUUGUUAGUUCAUCUUGUAUAAGCAUUUUAUUUUUUUUUUUUUUUACAUAAAAGGAAACACUGCCUUAGUACAGCUGUAGUAGAUAAAUAAUUCUGAAAUAAUCCAAUUAUGUGGAGUAAUUUUUAAAAUGUAUUUUUUUUUCACUUUAUGUUCCUUAUUUUUAGAAGAGAUUAUUUUCUUACAUUUUUGAGGAUAGGUAUUAUUCUGUUUGGUUGUGAAUUUGAGACUUAGAUUUAUGUAAUUUAUGAUAUAUAAUUUUCUAUAUAAUAUUUGUGAUUUUCUGUUGCUCUAUGAAUGAAUUCUCUCUUCAGUGAUAUUUUAUCACACAUGUAAAUGAUAGGUUGUCCAUUUUCUUUGUUCCAUAAUAUAUGACUUUUCAUAACAUUUCCAUUUUAAUACUAAUACAUAUAUAUGAUAUUGUUAGUGGUGUGUUGAGAUAAUCUAUGAACAUGUACCGACUUUUAAUGGUAGAAUUUUAAUUGUAAACUAUUAAAAAUAAGUGCAAUUACAAUCUACAUGUAUUUAAAUAACUUUAAGAGCUAGUUAAUAGCUAUCUACGUGUAUUAAAAUAACUUGAAAAGCUAGGUUGUCUUUAACAGCAUGCUUAAUCAAGUUGAAUUAGAACAUUUCAACUCCAGCCCGUGGAUUUGACUAUUUAACUGAUGAGCGAGUGGUAUCCUCAGGCCAGUAUGGCAUUAUCUUGCUCUGUUAUUUGUUUUCUUUCUUCUGUACCAUUCCAUCUUCUCUUGUGAUCACUUUGUUAGUUUAUUUUUCCCUGUUUUUCAAAUGAAGCUCAAAGGAAAUUAUUGAUAGGAAUUUUUUGUUUUUAUACACAGAAAUAUUUAUAAAAUUGUUGUUUAAAAAAAUGAAGGAUUGUCUAUUUGUCAGGAAUGAUGAAUUUAUAUUGGGUUUACUGUGAAUGUGGUUGUUAUAAAGUGAAGGGAAAUAUUUGUCCACUCCUUGCAGUAUCGGUUGUGUUGAAUCCCAAGGUUGUAGGACUGAAAAAUUAUACUAAUUUAUGCUUCGAUCAAUUUUUAAAACUGUAUACUUUGUUAACGCUUAAUUUUGCAAUAAAUUGCUUACAUAUAUAUAUA